AUGAAAAUUGUUAAAAAGUUAGAUAAAAUAGGAUUUGAUUUAAUUGAAUUAAGUGAUUAUACAUAUGAAAAAAUGUUCAAAAAAUUUAACAAAAAAAUUUUUGAUAAAUCAAUUAAGAGAAGAGUUAAGAACGCAAAAGUUUAUCUAACUGGAGAUUUUAAAACAAUUAAAAGAAUAAUAUCAAGUAUUGAAUUUUGCUCUACAGAUGGUGUCGGUCUUGGUAGACCAAUUACAACUGAAUCUAAUUUUGCCAUCAAAAAUACUUAA